AUGAAAAUCUAUGCUUUCUUUUGCAUUCUUUCAGGUCUGAGUGUUGUGCAGAUUAAGUCUCUGUUCAUACAGGGUCGUGUUGGUCAAAGUGUGACAAUCAGCUGCUCAGACUGGAACGUUUGGACUGAUGUAACAAAGAAUGUCAAGUACUUUUGUUCCAGUCCAUGCACGGAGGACCAACACAUCAUCAUCAAAGCAGCAUAUCAAGAAAGUAUAAAUAAAGAUAGAAUAAAGUUAUUUAACAAAGGAAAAACCUUGUUUGCAAUCUUCAAUAAUCUCCAAAAGUCAGACUCCAAAACAUACUACUGUGGAGUGGAUAGACAUGGUUUAGCAGACGCUUAUAUAAAGGUGAUUCUUAAUGUCCUGGAUGCUGUGUCCUCCAGUCCCAGAAUGACUCCAAAAACUAUCACUGUUGUUCCCACCUCCUCAUUUGCAGUCACAACGAGCUCCACGAUGUCUUCUAACAGCUCAGAUGUUUUUACUGAUACGUCUACGUCACACACCACCCUCAAUACAACUACACCUGCUGCACCAGCACAAGGAUCUGUUAGCUCUGUUCUGUAUUGGGUUGUAGGUGUUACAGGUGUUCUUGUUGUAGUUACCAUGCUGAUGGUCUCACUCAAGCUGGUGAAGAAGACGAUGAAACAACAAUCGAAUGUUGUGUCAGGUGCUGAUGCAGCAAACAAAGACGCACAAGAGGUCCUGAUGGAGUCUACCAAUAACGGCCCCAUAACACCCGACAAAGAGGAGGGACAGUCUACGUCCCCUAUUUGAAGAAUCUCUGCAGCAGGAGCUAUUGCAUCAAUAAAAUAUGGCUGAAAGAUAAGUGUCGAAAGAUAAAAUAAAAAUUCUGUAGGGCUGCAACUAAUGAUUAUUUUAAAUAAUCGGUUGAUUAUUUAUUCGAUUAAUUGAUCAAUCGGAUAAAAA